CGUUAUAAAACGUUCAUUUCAUCUACGUCGUUUGUUCAGUUUGACCGUGCAAUUUGCUGGUGCCGGACGCCCUGUUCGAAGCUGUACGCGCGAAUAUUGAUAUUCAAAAAAAUCGUAAUAACUUCAUUAAACGGUGUGAAGGGAUCGUUACUGUGUCGUCUGAGUGUUUUUUUGCUGUGUUGUUAACUAACAUGGAAGCCGGUUUAUCACCGUGGGCGAUGUGGCCGCAAGUAAACAUGCCUGGAGAUGGGCAGGACAUGCCUUUAAGGAUCAACGGUGUCAACCCCUGUCUGGAUGAAAACGGGGUUGCUCAUAGAACGAGUAGGUUUGAACUUAUGAACCGGCACAAAAUGGAUACUGGGAAUCCUAUGUUGGUGGUUAGGAGAGGUCAGCCAUUCCAGCUGAAGGUGUACUGCGACAGGCCAUUUGACGAGGAUAAAGAUGUGAUUUCAUUUAUGUUAUCGGUGGAACCGAUGGACGGAGAGAGAGUGAGCCAUGGUCUUGGUACUGUAGUGCAUUUGCCUUUGCAAAAGUCCAGCGAUGAGGUGGAUGAAGAUGAAUCUGAUUGGAAGGCUGUGCUGGAUUCAAUGGAUGACGAAAUGUUGACGAUCAGCAUCAGACCUUCGGCAAAGGCUUCGGUUUCCAAAUGGAAUAUUGCGAUUGACACCAAACUAGCUGGAUUUGAUCAAGUGGUCAACGCACAAGUUUCAGUUAAUUUCUAUCUAUUAUUUAAUCCUUGGUGUGAGCACGAUUGCGUAUAUAUGGAAGAUGAUCAAAUGCGCGAGGAGUACGUCCUUAGUGACACAACAAUGAUUUGGCGGGGUUGUAAUCGAAGCUUUCAUCCAACUGUGUGGAAGCUGGGGCAGUUUGAAAAGGAUAUCUUGGAGUGUAGUUUCCUUCUGUUGUCAACUGUUGGACGAGUAAGCGCUACGUACCGUGGAAACCCGAUUCGAGUGGCACGUGCUUUGUCGGCUGCUGUCAAUAGCAAUGAUGACAAUGGAGCACUCAUGGGAAGAUGGAGUAAGGAGUUUCCCGAUGGUAUACCACCAACAAAGUGGAUCGGCUCUGUCGAAAUUUUGCAGCAAUAUUACGCAUCGGCAACAUCCGUGCGUUACGGGCAGUGCUGGGUGUUUUCCGGAGUGCUAGCUACAAUCUCACGUGCCUUAGGAAUUCCUUGUCGAGUAGUGUCUAAUUUCAAUUCAGCACACGAUUCAGAAGCGUCAUUGACAAUUGACUACUAUAUCGGUGAGAGCAAUAAUGAUCUAAGUGAGUUCAAUUCAGAUUAUACGUGGAAUUUCCACGUAUGGAACGAAAUGUGGAUGCAGCGGCCUGAUUUAGGGGAGAGGUCUGAUGAGCUGUAUGAUGGCUGGCAAGCAGUUGAUGCAACACCACAGGAGCUUUCCGAUGGAAUGUACAAGCUUGGACCUGCACCGGUGAAGGCAGUAAAACGAGGAGAUAUCAAUGUGCAUUACGACUGUGACUUUGUGUUUGCCGAAGUGAAUGCUGAUGAGAUUUAUUGGAGAUACAGAGGACCUGGUCAACCGUUGAAGCUUGUAAAGAAGGAUCCUACUAAAGUCGGCCAAUUCAUUAGCACCAAAGCAGUGGGUUCAUGGGAGCGUGAAGACAUCACUGAAACGUACAAAUUUGAAGAGAAAUCUUGCGACGAGAGAAUCACAAUGAUGAAAGCACUAAAACAAGCGAAUAGUCCUUUCGCUAGGAUCUACACAAACGAAGAAUUCCAUGACAUUGAUUUUGAAGUGGAUAUUCGUAACGAUGUUAAAAUAGGAGAACCUUUCACGAUCAUUCUCAAUAUAAAAAAUAGCUCAGAUAAUGCGACAUACCCUAUCGAAGGAAUUGUUCACGUAGAUACCGUACUUUACACGGGAAAGCUGAGGACGCCUCUGAAAGCUUUGCCAUUCGAGGUUGAAGUAGAACCAAAUACAACCAGCACCGUCGAACUACAUGUAGAAUUUGAUGAAUACUAUCAGAACGUUCUGGAUCAGGCCUACUUCAGAAUAACGUGCUCAGCCAGUGUACGAGGAACCAAUUAUGAAUAUUUUGCACAAGAAAACUAUCGAGUUCGCAAGCCGGACAUCAAGAUCAAUUUGGAUAAUGAGCCCCACAUCGGAGCACCCCUCUACAUUACGGCCUCCUUACAAAACCCAAUGCCCAUCCAACUGACGAACGGUGUAUUCCGCUUCGAAUGCUCUGGAGUGUGGCAGCCAGUUGAAAUUCCCUACGACUUUAUUGAGGCUGGGGACACGGCAGUCAUCAAAUUUCGUAUGACGCCUAAUUUGCCCGGUAGCGCACAAAUUGCUGCCAAAUUCAAUGCCGAACAACUGAACGACGUGGAUGGCUUCGUUUCCUUCGAAGUGGCUGAAAUCGAUUCGGAGCUCAACGCAGGACGUUCGCUUAAAAAUAGUCUCGUUUUUGCGUGAUUUCACUUUUCGGCUUCAAUUGUAUUUAUUCCACAUAUGUAUAACUUGGUAUUCCCCGAGGCAAAUGUAUCUAAAUAAUAAAAUGACCAGUGAUGACAUCAUUUUUCGUUUAUUUUCAUU